AUGCCCACUCCCGAAUCCGAGGGCUUUUUGCGACAGAAGCCCAAAGUCCCGCCCACCUUCGAGUGUGUUGAUUUCCAAGACAAUGAAGCGGUCGCCGACGCCAGAGAUGCCAUCAUCCGGGAGCAGUGGGUACAGAAGAUGAUGAAGAGGCUAGUUGGCGAAGAGAUGGGUAUGUUCGCCCUCUUCCUACAGGUGGUGCCAGGUGUGAAGUGGCAUGAGACGGGGUCCGGCGCGGAUAGUGAAGCUGCGGGGCAUUGGGACGAAGCUGGCAAGCCGUCAGGAAGAGCAUCUCUGUUUAGCGGAAAAUGCUACGCCCGCGAAGGAGUCAACCACCUCGAGAAAUGUGGGAAAUACCGAGACCGCUACCUGCAACUCCUCAAAUCCACCCGCGAAUUUGGUUUCCGAGGCCGGCAGCAGAAUUAUAUCCCCGGCGUUGAUGGCCCCGCUGGCGGUCCAGAGGUUCUGACAAAUUAUCCCAGUGCGCAGGAAGCGAAGGGUUCGAGAGGGUCAGAUACAAGACCUGGGAACACAACCGGCAAGGGUGGCGCGACGCUGUACUAG